CAAGUGUGUGUGUGUGUGUGUGUGUGUGUGUGUGUGUGUGUUGGAGAGUGAUCAAUAGACACCAUGACCAUUAGAAACCCUCUCCGUGAUCAUGGACAGAGGUAUCGACCAAGGAUCGCUUGUCUCAAGAAGGCAGAGAAGGUGCUGCUGGAGAUGCAGGACCUCAAAACGGGAGUUAAGUCACAGCCCCAGAGACUGGUCAUUACAACAAUACCACACGCUAUUACUGGGGAAGAUAUUAUCGCGUGGUUAGUGGACAGAUUCCAAGUAGACACACAAGAGGCGAGGAGUAUUGGCUCAAUGCUGGUGGCGCUAGGAUACAUCUACCCUCUGCAAGACCACAAACGCUUAGUGAUCAAACCAGAUGCGUCCCUCUAUCGCUUCCAGACACCGUACUUCUGGCCCACACAGCAGUGGCCUGUAGAGGAUACAGAUUAUGCAAUCUACCUGGCGAAAAGAAACAUACGCAAGAAAGGAAUCCUGGAGCUGCAUGAGCAGGAGCACUAUAACCGUCUUCACAAGUGGAUGAAUCAUAAAUGGGAUUUUAUAGUGAUGCAAGCUAAAGAACAGUACAGGGCGGCAAAGGAGAGGAAGAAACCGGACCGUGUGGUGUUUGACUGCCAGGAGAGAGCAUACUGGGUGGUUCAUAGACCUCCGGUGAGAACCCCCCCAACCACACACACACACACACAGAUAGUUAUCAGACAUGAAUAUAAGUGGAUUGCCAGCAGACAGACGUCUGAAAAUAAAUUGCACUCCACCGCUAUACUUCCCAGGGCCAAAACACCCGACUUCUACGCGAGAAUUAUGAUCUUUACUCAGCAGUCCAUCAUGAGGCCCAGAGUGAAGUCAUCGGUGUCAAUUGGCGCAUUGGUGAAGUACUGUGCAACCUAUAACAGCCAUGACCCUUUCCUCUCCAAGUGUCUUCCCAGCAACCCCUGGCUCACUGAUGAUGUCACGUACUGGACCUUAAACAUGCCCUAUGUGGAAAUACCAACUAAAAUGCGUGUGGAGAGGUGGACGUUUAGCUUCGCAGAGCUGCUCUCAGACCCCAGAGGACGAAAUGAUUUCAGACUUUUCCUAAAGAAAGAAUUCAGCGGUGAGAACUUGGCAUUCUGGGAGGGUUGUGAAGAUCUGAAGUGGGGCGAAGCUGCGACGAUGAGAGAGAAAGCCGAGCAGAUCUACAAGACAUUCCUGGCACGUGGUGCACCGCGGUGGAUCAACAUCGACGGAAAGACGAUGGAAAUCACGGUGAAGGGCCUGAAACACCCACACAGAUACGUCCUGGACGCAGCCCAAACUCACAUCUACAUGCUCAUGAAGAAGGACUCGUACGGCCGGUACCAGAAAUCUCCAGUGUUCAAGGAAACGGUGAAGAAGGCCAUCUGUCCUGAGGAGCACAAUUUCACGGAUGCCCAGUUGGAGCAAAAUGCAAAGAAGAGACGGCCUAGUCUCAGCCCCAUUAUCUUGCGGCAGAUGGAGCAGGAGCAGAGGGCCAAGAUGGCUGCCAAUGUAGACAUCACACAGCUGUGCCGAUUCACCACUCCAGUUCCUCACCUCGCCGUCUACUCUGGCAUCACUGACUUCCCGUCCCUCACUGCCUCGCCCUCUGGCCCCUUCCUGGCCCACUCCCCAGCUUGUCCGUCCCCCAUCAGUGUGGCCUUGGACAGCACCUCGGCCUCUGAACGGCGAGUGGAGGCCGGUGAAAGGGAAGGCGAGGGGAACUCUGUGGCUCAGGCCCCGGCAGGUGGACAUGUGUCCAAGUCUCGCAUGGCUCUGUCCCUGCAACGUCUGCUGAAGCGUGGCUGCACCCCCGCCACCAUGUUUGCCAGCUUGUCGCCCAAAUGCCACUCAGCUGCCGGGACAAGUAGCCGCAUUCAGCCAAUAAGCCCGGAUCAACCUAGCCAGGCUCCGCCAAGACGGAUUGGCAAUUUUUUCCAGAUUAAAGUGGAUAUUCCUCCAGAGUGCCGUAUCUACCCCAUAGAGUCUGAGGACGAGGACGAGGAGAACAGGGCUGCCUCUCGGGGAGGAGUGGGAACCAAAGAGAUCAUCUGCCCCUGGGAAAGCCUCACAUCACAGAACGGGACAGGCUAAUCGGCUACAUUUACACAAGUAUAAAAAAAGUGGGUUUUUAAAAUCUGUGUCACAUGUGUCUGUCUGAGCAGGCAGAUUUUUUGCCAUGUUCUGACAGAGAUAAAAGAUCUGACAUAGAGCAUAAAAGACGGAAAAGCCCUGUGUAAAUGUGGCAGAGUUCUCACCACUAGGCCACAACAUAAACACCCCAACAUGACACCACGGUCAAUCUGGAACACUGUAGACAUGGCUGUUUAGACUGAGCAUCAACUUACUGUGUCCAUGUUUUAACUCCUUAAAGAAAACCUGCUGUAUGUUUAGAGCGUCAAACACACACUGCCUGUAGGUCUGAAAGGGCCCACGUUUAUGUCUGCUGUAGUAUAAUCCUCUUUUCCACUGACCACACUCAGUACGUUUUAAAACUGUUUGAGUUCCAGUUCCUCAAGUGCAACUCUUCUCCUCGAAGAAAUGUUUGGCAAGCCGCCA